GGUGCCCGUCACCUCGAGGCAGCUGGCGCUUCCGGGGCUUGGUCUGCUGUGGGCGGCAAGAGGCAUUGGCGCCCGCAGACUCAUAAAUACUGCGGUGGCGCUGGUGGCCGGAGACGCGCGCGGGCAGCCGGCGCCCCCGAGGCAACCACAGAACCCCCUACCCCCACUGCAAAGCCCUCGCUCCCUGCCUCCCUCCCCGCCAGGGACGUCAGCAGCGCCUGCUCUCCCUCCUCCUCCACCCUCCCAACCCUCUCCUGCUGCUCUGAGAAGUCUGCAAUUGGCCCCCUGCCCAGGGGCCCCCUGCCAUGCAGCCCCUUCCUGGCUGGCCCCACUGCUGGCCCUGCUUCUGUCUGCUUCUCCUGGCCUCCCUGGGCGCCCGCGGGGCUCUACAGUACCCCAGAGCUGCCCCCGAGCAAGUCCACCUGUCCUACCUAGGCCCCGCUGUUCCUGUCUCUGCAGGUGAGCCGGGCUCCAUGACUGUCACCUGGACCACCUGGGUCCCCGCCGGCUCUGAAGUGCAGUUUGGGGUGCACGUGUCAGAUCCCCUGCCCUUCCGGGCCCUGGGCACAGCCAGCGCCUUUGUGGACGGAGGCGCCCUGCGGCGAAAGCUCUAUAUCCACCGUGUCACGCUGCGGGGACUGCGGCCUGGCGUCCAGUACGUCUACCGUUGCGGCAGCGCCCAGGGCUGGAGCCGCCGGUUCCGCUUCAGGGCCCUGAAGAACGGACCCCACUGGAGCCCCCGGCUGGCCGUGUUCGGGGACCUGGGCGCCGACAACCCCAAGGCCCUGCCGCGCCUGCGCAGGGACACCCAGCAGGGCCUGUUCGAUGCUGUCCUGCACGUGGGAGACUUUGCCUACAACAUGGAUGAGGACAACGCCCGCGUCGGGGACAGGUUCAUGCGGCUCAUUGAGCCCGUGGCCGCCAGCCUGCCCUACAUGACGUGUCCCGGCAAUCACGAGGAGCGCUACAACUUCUCCAACUACAAGGCUCGCUUCAGCAUGCCGGGGGACACGGAAGGCCUGUGGUACAGCUGGGACCUGGGCCCCGCCCACAUCGUGUCUUUCUCCACCGAGGUGUAUUUCUUUCGGCAUUAUGGCCGCCACCUGAUAGAGAGGCAGUUCCGCUGGCUGGAGAGCGACCUCCAGAAAGCCAACAAGCAGCGGGCCACUCGGCCUUGGAUCAUCACCAUGGGCCACCGGCCCAUGUACUGUUCCAAUGCUGAUUUGGACGACUGCACCAGGCACGAGAGCAAGGUCCGUAGAGGCCACCAUGGCAAGUUCGGCCUGGAGGAUCUUUUCCACAAGCAUGGGGUGGACCUGCAGCUGUGGGCUCACGAGCACUCCUACGAGCGGCUGUGGCCGAUUUACAACUACCAGGUGCUAAACGGCAGCCGAGAGGCGCCCUACACCAACCCUCGAGGCCCCGUCCACAUCAUCACGGGAUCCGCGGGCUGCGAGGAGCGCCUCACCCCGUUUGUCAUCCACCCCCGGCCCUGGAGCGCUGUGCGCGUAAAGGAAUAUGGGUACACGCGGCUGCACAUCCUCAACGGGACCCACGUCCGCCUUCAGCAGGUGUCUGAUGACCAGGACGGCAAGAUCGUGGACGACGUGUGGAUAGUGAGGCCGCUGCUCGGCCGCAGGAUGUACCUCUAGCGACCGGGACCGCGCUCGCCAGGAGCCCUUUGCCUUGACGCCUGGCCCGGCGCCGCAGGACACUGCCCGGGCCUGGGGCGGCGGAGUGCGGGUGGUCCCGGCCCCGGCGCCCGCAGCCGGUGGGCGGGAGCCGGCGCAGCCCUGCACCCACGGCGGAGCCUGGACCGCGCGAGCCGCCCGCGAGCCUCGGAAUAAAGCGGCUUCCUGCUGAGGCUCAGUAGACUCGCGCUUCUGCCGGGGAAGCCCCCCGGGGUCGCCUACGCCGGUGCCCAGCGGGCCAGGGCUCCGCCUCCCGCGAAGUCAACCGGUGGGGCACAGCCGUCGGGACUCCGCUCACCGGCAGGGGGCGCCCGCGGCCUUUGCGCCUGAUCCCGGCCCUGGGCCACCCUGGAUCCUGCUUCGUGGAGGGAGGAGUGCGUCCCAGGGCUCCCUGGUGCCUCAGUUUCCCCGGGAGUGCUCUGGCGACCCCGCGAGGCCGCCACCGCCAAGCCUUGGAGUUCACGGGCCUGCCUCUUCCUCCCUCCUCCCUUUCCCUCUUCCUUUCGUGUAUCUGGCUGUGAUGCAGCCUGGUGAGCAUCUGCUCCGUGCCAGGCAUUGUUAGUGCUGGGGACUCCGGCAGGAGCAGGACAGACAGCCCUGUCCUGGUGGGCAGCAGCUGGACACAUAAGUAGGCUGAAGAGAGGGGGCACGCUGGGACAGGACAGGGAAGGGGGGUGGGGGGGUUGUGAUUUUCAGGAGGUCAGGGAGACCUCACUGAGCGGGUGGAGAGUGGUCCGAAGGAAGGGAGGGAGGAUCCAGGUGGGCAGGUGCCUGGAGGAAGAGGAACAGCCAGUGCAAAGGUCCUGGGGGGCCGGCGCUGUGGCUCACUUGGCUAAUCCUCCGCCUGCAGCGCCGGGUUCUAGUCCCAGUUGCUCCUCUUCCAGGCCAGCUCUCUGCUGUGGCCCAGGAAGGCAGUGGAGGAUGGCCCAAGUGCUUGGGCCCUGCACCCCAUGGGAGACCAGGAGGAAGCUCCUGGCUUCGGAUGGGUGCAGCGCGCCGGCCAUGCCAGCCAUUUUGGGGGUGAACCAACAGAAGGAAGACCUUUCUCUCUGUCUCUCUCUCUCACUGGCUAACUCUGUCAAGUAAAUAAAUAAAUAAACUACAGGUCAGAAAAGGCUAUUAAAAAAAAAAAGGUCCUGGGGCCUCUGUUGGAGGCCUGUGUAGCUGGGGGGGGGGGAGGGAGGUGCUCUGGCACCGGGCAGCCCCCUGGGACUGAGUGGUGCCAUGGGAGAGCCCAGGGCCACACCCAGCACUGCCUAGCACAAGGCGAUGUCUUUAACACCUACCCCUCACCUUAACGAAGGCCACCACAUGCCAGGCUCUGGCCAGGCUGCGUGGGGGACAGCAGCGAACCAGUCCUGGCCAUGUCCCCUUAGGGUUCAGAGGCAGGCCCAGGUGAUCAGCUGCAAGAGUGGCAGGGAGGGACGGUCCAGCUCUGUGAAGUCUCAGCCGGACGGUCAUGGCACACUGCGACCAAAGACUGAACCAGUGCCUGGUGUGGGCCCGGCACGCCCUCUCCAGGGCUGGGUGAGACUGCAGGAGGGGGCUCCCCAGAGGGUCCAGGCCAGAAACUGGGUUCAGAUCCCAGCCCUGCCACUUCCUGUGUGGCCGUCGGAAGCUCCGCUCACUCUCACGUCAGAAGGCUGGCACCCCGUGGGCUUGCGCUGGGAUUAAACAGUGUUGACAGCCUCCGUGUUGUCCUGGCUCCUCCUUUUCUCCUGCCCCACCCCCAGUGAGCUAGAAAAUUCUGUUAGGUUUGCCUUUAAGAUCUGGCCUCUCUCCACUCUGCACCUGCCACGCCCCCACCCCUGUGCUGUCCACACGCGCUUCUGCUCCCUCCCUGCGCACCGCACAGUCUGUUCCCCCCGCGGGUCGCACGCUUGCCCUGCGCAGAGCCCUCCUGGAAGAGGCGAGCCCUCCCCGUGGCACCCCAGGACCCCAUCAUUUCGGCCCCCAUUGGCCGCUCGCUCGCUCUGCUCUGGCCACACCCGCCCCUCUUUGCUGCCGCUGUUCCCUCUGCCUGGGACACUGUUCCCUGACGUCUCUGCAGGCCCUAGUGCCGAGAUCUCUGUCCACUUGGUAAACAGCCCUGCCUCCCCCCAUUCUUCCUCCGAACACUUAGAUCCUGUGACGAAGUCCAGACCCGUGUUCCCACAGAACCUGAGCUGCAGGAGCUGCGGUUUUCACCACCUGGGAUGCCAGCAUCCCUUAUCCAAGCGCCUGAGCCAUGUCCCUGCCCCUCGGCUUCCCACCCGGCUUCCUGCUGAUGCUCCCCUGGGAGGCAGCUCAAGGACUUGGGCCCCUGCCACCGACAUGGGAGACGUGGACUGAGCUCUGGGCUCCUGGCUUCUGCUUGGCAGCCAUUGUGGCCAUUUGGGGAAUGAACCAGCAGUUGGAAGAGUCUUUCUCUCUCUCUCUCUCUCUCCCCCCUCUCCUCUCUGCAACUGCCUUUCAAAUAAUAAGACAUAGUUUUAAAAAUAAAAAAGUAGAAAGUGUGAGUCCCUAGGUCCCGAGGGCUUUUGCUGGUUUUAUUCGCCGUCUGUCCCCAGUCACCGGCACACAGCAGGUGCUCCUCUGCGGCGAUGACUGGAUGAUGGGACAAUGAGAGCUCCAGGGAGAGCGGAGAGCUCAGCGCAGAAGCUGGCACUGAGGGAGCACGUGAGAGCGACGCGGAAUGACAGCGAUGCAGGUGAUUCAGAUAAAGGCGGGAGACAGGCACGCCCGGCAGGUUGGGACACAGCGUGACGCGCUCCGGGAGUUACAGGUUGCUGAGCUGAGCAGGGCGGCGGAGGCAAAGGCGAGGGCAGCAUCCUGGACCCGACAGGGUCUGCAGCCCGGUCCUCUUCUCCGCAGGGCGCACGUGGGUGUCUGCCACCUCGCUGUCGUGUACCUCUCCCAUUUUGUAAAAAAUAAAGCUUGAUUUGGGAGAAUAGUUUUAGGUUUAUAGAAAAAUUGUGAAGAUAGUAGAGAUUCUGUACACUGCAUACAAAGCUUCACCUGUUAUCAAAAUCAUAACUAUGCCAUGUCUGUUCUAAUGAAUGCACUAACUUUGAUAUAAAAGUCAUAGUUGGGGCCGGCGCUGUGGCAUGGUGGGUGAAGCCACUGUCUGCAGUGCCGGCAUCCUGUGUGGGCACUGGUUCAGGUCCCGGCUGCUCUACUUCCAAUCCAACUCUGCUAUGGCCUGGGGAAGCAGUGGAGGAUGGCCAGGGCCCCUGCUCCCAUGUGGGAGCUCCGGGAGAGGCUCCUGGCUCCUGGCUUCGGAUCUGCUCAGCUCUGGCCGCUGUGGCCAACUGGGGAAUGGAUCAGUGGAUGGAAGACCUCUCUCUCUCUCUCUCUCUGCCUCUCUCUCUCUCUCUCUGUGACUCUUUCAAAUACAUACAUUUUUAAAAAGCCAUAGUUUUAUUAUACUAUGCUUUAUAGAUCUUUAUAUAUAACUAUUGGGAGAUAAUUUGAAAUAACUAACUGCACCCUUUUAAAGUAUACGCUUUGAUGAGGGUUUUCAAAAUAUUUAUUUAUUUAUUAGAAAAAUAGAGUUGGGGCCAGCGCUGUGGUGUAGUGGGUAAAGCCACUGCCUGCAGUGCCGGCAUCCCAUAUGGGCACCAGUUCAAGUUCCAGCUGCUCCACUUCUGACCCAGCUCUCUGCUGUGGCCUGGGAAAGCAGUAGAAGAUGGCCCAAGUCCUUGGGCCCCUGCACCCACGUAGGAGACCUGGAAGAAGCUCCUGGCUCCUGGCUCCAGAUCAGCACAGCUCUGGCUAUUGCAACCAAUUGGGGAGUGAACCAGCGGAUGGAAGACCUCUCUCUCUCUCUCUCUCUCUCCCCCUCUCUGUAACUCUUCCUUUCAAAUAAAUAAAUCUUUAAAAAAGAAAGAGAGAAAUGCAGAGUUACAGAGAGAGAGAGGGAGAGACACAGAGAGAAAUCUUCCAGCUGCUGGCUCACUCCCCAGACGGCUCCAACUGCUGGGGCUGGGCCAGGUCAAAGCCUGGAGCCAGGAGCUCAGUCCAGGUCACCACGUGAGCUCCCAGGAGGCUGGACUGAAGCCCGGGCACUCCAACAUGGGAUGCAGGUAUCCCCCGCCGCUCCGCCAAAUGCCUGGCCCUCUCCUUGUGUAUACACCCACGGAGUCCCCGCCACCACCAAGAAACUGGCCGUCACUCCGCCAGCUGCCCCCAGUCCCAUGCAGUUCAUCCUCCCUGGGUCCCCCAGCACCCACUCCUGUGGGUCAAACUCACCUUCCCCAGGUUGCAACGAACGCAGCCACACCGCGCGCACACCACGUGCAGGCGAGGGAGGCGGGUUCUUGCCCCCAUCCUAACGCACCUGCCACUCACCCAAGUUGUGGUGCCGCCCAGGAACCCCUUCCAGGUUAAUGCUGGGCAGUGGUUCCCAGAAGGGGGCCCCACUAUGUGUUCAGCCGCUCGCCGCAGGUGGAUAUUGGGCCAUGAUGAACACUGCUAUGAACAAGCAUUCUUGUGCAAGCCAUUGUGUGACUAUUGGUUUUCAUUUCUUUUUAGAUUUAUUUAUUUGGAAGGCAGAGAGAGAGAGAGAGAGAGAGAGCAAAAGAGAGUGAGAGAGAGAGAUCAGUCUUCCACCUGCUGGUUCACUGUCCAAAUAGCUACAACAGCCACUGCUGGGCCAGGCUGAAGCCAGGAGCCUGGCGCUCCAUCCGGGUCUCCCAGGUGGGCGGAGGGGUCCAGGUACUUGGGGCAUCUUCUGCUGCUUUCCCAGGCCAUUAGCAGGGAGCUGGAUUGACAGUGAAGCAGCCAGAACUAGAACAGACACCAUAUGGGAUGCUGGCAUUCCGAGUGGUGGGUUAACCCACGGUGCCACGACGCCGGUCCCCGAGCUGCCGUUCCUCUCGAGUGAGUCCCUGGGCCUGGGGUAACUGGGUCCUCUGUCUUCCGCAAUCUUUUUACUGUUGCUUGCAGGUCCCGCGAUGUGGGGUUUUUCUUUCUAGUUCUGCUCAUCACCUGCGUUACGGUGUUGACGUUCCUGUGCCACAGUUUGCAUGGUUGUAGGAGGUCUGUGGCACCAGUGCGCAGAGUCGUCGUAAGGAUCCCAUGAGGCCACACCCGGUGCCCAGCGCGGGGCCUGCUGGCACCUUGCCUGCGGUUAUCAUUCAGCAGGCUUCUGCGCAGGCGCCACUCAGGGGCAAAUAUAUUUCUUGGGUGAAUCUGGACAGGUUUUAAGAAACCAGUUUUCUCAGCCACCUCCGUGGUUAAAACCCCAGCAGAAGGGCUGGCGCUGUGACACAGAGGAUUAAGCUCUUUGCAGUGCCAGCAUCCCAUACGGGCACCAGUUCGAGUCUCGGCUGCUGCACUUCUGAUCCAGCUCUCUGCUAUGGCCUGGAAAAGCAGUAGAAGAUGGCCCAAGUCCUGGGACCCCUGCACCCGUGUGGGAGAUCUAGAUGAAGCUCCUGGCUCCUGACUUUGGCCUGGUCCAGCCCUGGCUGUUGCAGUCAUUAAGGGAGUGAACCAGAGAUGGAAGACCUCUCUCUCUGUCUCUCUCCACCUCUGCCUCUCUGUAACUCUGCCUUUCAAAUAAUAAACAAAUAAAUCUUCAAAAAAAAAAAAAAAAAAAGACUAUCCAAGACCACAGCCUACAAGUGAGAUUCACAGUGGCUUUUUCUUGUAUUCUCUUUAUUUGUUUGUUUGUUUAUUUAUUUAUUUAUUUAUUUUUAAUUUUUUUUGGCAGGCAGAGUGGACAGUGAGAGAGAGAGACAGAGAGAAAGGUCUUCCUUUGCCGUUGGUUCACCCUCCAAUGGCCGCCACGGCUGGCGCGCUGUGGCCGGCGCACCGCACUGAUCCGAUGGCAGGAGCCAAGUGCUUCUCCUGGUCUCCCAUGGGGUGCAGGGCCCAAGGACUUGGGCCAUCCUCCACUGCACUCCCUUGCCACAGCAGAGAGCUGGCCUGGAAGAGGGGCAACCAGGACAGAAUCCGGCGCCCCGACCAGGACUAGAACCCGGUGUGCUGGUGCCGCAAGGUGGAGGAUUAGCCUAGUGAGCCACAGCACCAGCCUCUUUAUUUAUUUAUUUAAUUUUACAGAGUGAGAAGAGAGAAAGGGAGAUCUUCCAUCCACUGGUUUACUCCCCUGGCCACAACAGAGUCAGUAGCUUCUUCUGUGUCUCUCAUAUGGGUGCAGAGGCCCAAGCACUUGGGCCAUCUUCUGAUGUUUUCCCAGGUGCAUUAGCAGGAAGCUGGAUUGGAAAUGGAGCAACUGGGACUCGAACUGGCACUUACGUGGGGCGCUGGCACUGCAGGUGGAGGUUUAAUCUUACACCACAGCACUGGCCCUUCUGGCACUCUCAUCAGCACUGCUAAUAAUACUUUAAAGAUACAUUUGAGAGAUCAAAAAGCUGUUUAAUAUUCAUGUUAAUAUUAAUUAUCAUUAAUUCUUUUUAUUGUUUGUAUUUUUUGUUUUGCUCAUAUCUUUUGCUUAUUUUUCUGUUGUAUAUUUAUUUUUCCUUUCUUAUUGACUUCAAAAUGCUCUUUACAUAGGAAAGAUAGAAGGCAUAACUUGUGAUUCACAAAUUGCAAUUUGGCUUUUUCCUGGAUGUAUUGGAAGUCAUCAUUCGUAUGGGACGGAUGCACUGCCAGCCUUCCACUCCAGAGUGCUGUUUGAGUCCCAGUUGCUCUGCUUCCAAUCAAGUGACCUGAAAAUGCGCCUGGAAAAGCAGCGGGAAGGGGCCCGGGUGCUCUGGAUGCCCCCUGCCACCACCUGGGAG